AUGACUUGCAUGGAGCUCCUACGCUGUGCUUCGCGCUUGAAGCUACCGAGGAGGUAUUUGCAAAGGCAAUUUCUGCCUAUCACCUUGCGCCAUGUGCGGUUCAACUCCCACGCGCCACCGGCCACUCCCGGUAUCGUGCUACGCGAUUACCAAGAGGAGAGCAUUCAAUCCGUUCUGAAAUACUUAGGAGAGGGCCAUCGACGCUUGGGAAUUUCCCUUGCUACAGGCGCUGGCAAAACAGUCAUUUUUACACAGCUUAUCAGCCGGAUCCCUCCUCGCAAUGCGGAAGCCACCAAGACGAUGAUCAUUGUGCACCGACGAGAACUUGUCGAGCAAGCUGCGAAACAUUGCCGUCUCGCAUACCCCGAUAAGACUGUCGAAAUAGAAAUGGGCACCAAUGUCGCGACUGGCGCUGGGGACAUCAUCAUUGCUUCAGUCCAGACACUAGCGCGAGGACGCAUACACAAGUUCGACCCGAGUGCUUUCAAGCUCAUCCUGGUAGAUGAGGCACAUCACAUCGUUGCCAGGUCCUACCGUGAAGCCUUGGGACAUUUUGGAUUGAACGAAGCAUCUAAUAAUGGACCAGUCUUGGUCGGUGUUUCAGCAACAUUUUCACGGUUCGAUGGACUCAAACUGGGUGCUGCCAUUGAUCACAUCGUAUAUCAUAAAGAUUAUGUGGAUAUGAUCGAGGACAAUUGGCUGGCAAAUGCUGUUUUCACAACUGUCAAGUCCGGCGCAAAUUUGUCCAAAGUGAAGAAGGACAGCUUCGGGGAUUUUGCCUUGGGCUCAUUGUCGGAGGCAGUCAAUACUGAAAACACAAACAACAUCACUGUCCGAGCAUGGUUGGCUAUUUCUGAAACUCGCAAAUCUACCCUGGUCUUCUGUGUUGACAUUGAGCAUGCGCGGCAACUGACUGCGGCGUUUCGCGACCAUGGCGUAGAUGCGAGGUACGUUACCGCGAACACUCCGAAAGCUCACCGCGCGGAAGAGCUGCGGGCUUUUAGAAACCAAGAGUUUCCAGUGUUGUUGAAUUGCGGUCUGUUCACAGAAGGCACCGAUAUCCCAAAUAUCGACUGUGUACUUUUGGCCCGACCUACAAGAUCCCGGAAUCUGCUCAUCCAGAUGAUCGGACGAGGUCUCCGACUGUUUCCCGGGAAGAAAGACUGCCACGUCAUUGACAUGGUGGCUUCCUUGGCGACUGGUGUAUUAUCAACACCAACCCUGUUUGGCUUGGACCCGGACGAAGUUUUGGAGAAUGCCAGCAUGGAUGAAAUUAAAGAAACCAAAAAAAAGGCUGAGAGCGAGCCAAAACCCGAGAUUUCCGAGCCCUAUGACGGCUCAGAUAAUGAUCUUAAACUUCAAUUCACCACCUACGAUAGUGUCUACGAUCUCCUAGGGGACAUGCAGUCAGAGAGACACAUCCGGUCAUUCAGCCCGCACAAUUGGGUCCGAGUGGGCGAUGACAGAUAUAUGCUCACUGACAUCUCGGGCUGGUUGACCAUUGAAAAGGAAGGCGAUAUCUUCACAGCCCACCAUGUCCUCAAAUUCAAAAGCCCGACAACGGAAGCACCCCAAUUUACACGCCCGCGAAAGGUUGCCACAGGCUCCGACCUGGAGACCAUCACACGGGCAGCAGACACUUAUGCCUCUAGUAAAUUUGAUGAGCACUAUAUCGCAUCGUGGAAACCUUGGCGACGGGCUCCGGCAACACCUGGACAACUCAAGAUGCUGAAUGGAGCUCGCAUUCGAGAAGCCCAGGUCAAACCGGAGGAUCUGACUCGGGGGCGGGCGGCUGAUAUGAUCACAAAGCUCAAACAUGGAGGUAAGAAGCGCUUUAAGGACAUAGAGACCCAGAAGCGGAAGAAGCUACGACAAGCCGGAGAUAUGGCUGAGCUGAAAAGCAGAGGGAAUGUUAAGGUCGGGCCAGUUGAGGCCUGA